GGACGGAUCAGCUGUUCACAUGCGGGGAAACAAUCAGCUUCCUGAUGAAUUUCAGCUGCUCACACAGGAAGGCAAACAGCAGUUGAACUGAAACUGUGAAGCACUAAGACUAGUUUAACAGACAAAGUAAUAAAAUGCCUGAAAAGAACAGUAUUAGCUUUAAAAGAGUGCUGCUCAUAUUUCUGCUGAUAUUUGGGGUGUUUUGGAAGCAGUGUGACUCCCAGGUGAUGAGAGAAGAAGCCAACAAGCCUCCAGGUGACACUCGACCAAAAGAAGGUCGUGGAGGAGACGGCGGCGCCUUCUUCGCCCUGCGGAGCUGCCACCAGCUGCUGCAGGGCGACUCCGGGUACUUCUACUCCCCGGACUACAUGUGCUCCAACCCCCCCCUGUGGUGCAACUGGACCAUCCAGGUGGCCCCUGCCAAGAGGAUCGAGCUGCACCUGGAGGACCUGACCCCCGACGACGCCUGCCACCUCAAAGACGACCAGGUGCACGUGGACGAGCCCGCGGGACAUUUUGGGGGCACCAACGUCCUGCAGAAGUGCUGGAAAGAGGCCAAAUACACGUCCUCCUCCAACACUCUGUACGUGGUGCUGCUGAUCGGGGGUUGGCCCAACCCGCCCUACAGGGGCUUCUACGGACGAUACCAGGCCUUCGGACCCCCCGUGGUUUACAACCCUCAGGAGGGACUACCAGAAACAAACAUGGGGUCACAAACUCUUCCUUCUGAACUCUUGGAGUUAAAUGAAUUUCUAGAUCCAAGUCCUGAACUCAUGUAUGACUAUAACAAUCAGCCUUCAGAGAUGACGGCCGAGAAUGAGGAUGGUGCGGACACUGAGGUGGCUGAAAAUCACCGUCCAUCGUUGGAGAGCGACAGCCAAGCCGCUCCCACAGUGGAAUCAUCCACUCAGGUAACGUCUCGAUGGGGCAGAGAAGCCUCUCAAACCCCUUCAGACCCGUCAGAUUCAUCCGUCCCUCCACAGCAGGAGGGGGAGGGUCAGAACCAGGUGGAGGAGGGUCAGAACCAGGUGGAGGAGGGUCAGAACCAGGUGGAGGAGGGUCAGAACCAGGUGGAGGAGGGUCAGAACCAGGUGGAGGAGGGUCAGAAGCAGGUGGAGGAGGGUCAGAACCAGCAGCUCAAACCCACUGAAGUCAUCCCGACAGCUGCUGUGGAGGAAGCUUCGGCACAUCCAGAGGAAGCUACUGCUGCAGAGAAGGAGAAGUCUGCAGACAAUAAGAGCAGGAAGGAGGUCAUCGAGGCCUCGGAUCAACUUCCUGUCUCCUCUGAGGAACCAGAACCAGAGGAGACUCAUCCUCAUCCCAACAUGGUGGAGCCGCUGUCAGACCAGAGAGCGCACCCCCGCAUCAGAAAUCACUCUGACAUUUCACAUCUUCCUGGCGAUUACCUUUUUGAAGUGGCUGUGGAAGUGAACUUCAGUCCAAAUGUGGAGGAGAGCUGGGACAACCUGGCCAUGUCCCUGCUGUUCUCUGUGGAGGCUUUGAUCAGUAAGCAGCUGGAGACUCUGCAUACGCCGCUGUCCAUGUCGUCUGAAAGACUUAAAAGGCUGAGUGCUGGAGCGCUGUUCAUCGUGUGGCUGCAGCUGGAUCAGGGUCCUGGAGGUCUGCAGGUCCACAGGACGCUGCACUCCGCCCUGCAGGGACUCAUCUCAACACACGUGGGCGUCAGAGGAAACGGCAGGAAGGCUGUCAUCCUCUCCGUGUCCACUGCAGAUGUGGACGAGUGUGUGUCGCAGCUGGUGCGCUGUGACCUUAACGCAGUCUGUGAGAACCGGUUCGGAUCGUACUCGUGUCGCUGCAGGUCAGGCUUCCAGGACGAGUCCCGCCUCGGGUCGGCAGGAACUGUGUGUGUGAAUCAGAACGCUGCAGGCUGCAGCUCGUCCUCAGAGUCUCGAGGCGUCUACGUUCUCUUCUUCCUGCUGAGCUCGGUGCUGCUGCUGCUGCUGGGGGCCGGCGGGCUGCUGUACCUCCGCCACCACAGGGGGGCCUUCCUGCUGCGGGGCCACGCCGACCACAACAACAACAACAACACCAACAACACCACCACCCACUACUAUCAUGCUGACUCUGAGCUGCCCCCCCCACCCCCUCCUGCCCGGGGCUUCAGGGACGUCCCGCUGCAGCGCUUCAGCUCCCUGCUGCCGGGGGGGCAGGGAGGGAAGAUGUGAGCAACAGAGUAUCUUUAAAAACAUUUAGUUUAUUUUGUUUGAUUUCAGUUUCAUCUGAUGCUGUUCACUGUCUGAAUUAAA